GAGGGCGGGGCGCCGCUGCCAUGGCGACUGUCUUGGAAACUUCCUGCCUCAUCCUGGUGGCACUGCUGUGGGGGGCAACCAACCCUUUCCUCAAAAAGGGCACGGAAGGGAUAGAGAAGGUUAAGUCUGGAAACUUUGUCACUCAGCUGUUUGCAGAGAUGAAAUUUUUAAUUCUUAAUUACAAGUAUUUGAUACCCUUUCUUCUGAACCAAAGUGGGUCACUUCUCUACUACUUCACCUUGGCUUCUACAGAUUUGUCCUUGGCUGUGCUCUUGUCAAAUUCUCUUACAUUUUUGUUCACAUUACUAACUGGAAAGUUACUGGGGGAAGAUAUUGGUGGUAAACAGGCAAUCACAGGAAUGCUGCUGACUCUUAUGGGAAUUACUUUGUGUGUAGCAAGCAAUAUCAGCAUGGAAACUUGACAAAAAGGAGCUCGAUCUAUCCAAACCAUGAACUGAAGCUCUUACUUCUUUUGCUGAAUUUGAUCAUCUCCUAAAAUGAGGAAGAAACUGCAGAAUGGCAAAAAACAAAAGUCUUUCCUGGAUGGAGCAGAAUUUGAGCAGAUGGGACGGUCAAUUAUCUUGGACAAUAUAAAGCUGUACUGCAGUUGGUGUGUUCACAACUUUAUCACAGAUUUGUACCGCCCUAAAAAUUCCAGUUAUCUUCAAUUUGCUGUCAGAUUAGAGGCGAGUAAUUUUCAAUUCUCAGUUGCUACUACUUAACAGCAUGAAGUUUUCAAAUUAAAAUCUGUAUUGACAGAUAUACAAUCAAUAGAGAUUACUCCCAUGACAUGGCAUAAAAUAAAAUAACCAUGGAAAGAAGUGAAAAGCUUUGUAAUAUUGAACAUCGAAGAUGAGUUAAUUGUCACAUGCACAAGUACAUGUGUGCACAGGUGCAAUGAAAAACUUACUUGCAGUAGCAUCACAGGCACAGAGCAUCAGAUAAGCAGCGUUCACAAGAAAAACAUAAAUAUAAAUUAUACACAAUUUUUGCAAGAAAGAACAUCAUUAGAACAAAAAAGAAUAAAGUCCAUUUUAGUGCAAAAUGAUUAAAGUGGUCAUAGUCAUUAGGGCUGUGCCGGUUGGUUCAAGAACCAAAAGGCUGAUGGGAAGUAGCUGUUCUUGAACCUGGUGGUGUGGGACUUCAGGCUUCUGUACCUCCUGCCCAAUGGGAGCUGUGAGAAGAUGGCACGGCCCGGAUGGUGGGAAUCAUUGAUGAUGGAUGUUGCCUUCUUGAGGCAGUGCUUCCUGUAGAUACUACCGAUGGUGGGGAGGGAUGUGCUUGUGAUGUAUUGGGCAGAGUCCAUUACUUUUUGAAACUUCUUACGUUCCUGCAUAUUUGAAUUGCUGCACCAGACCGUGAUGCAACCAGUCAGAAUACUUUCAACAGUACAUCUGUAGAAGUUUGUUAGCAUGUUCGGUGAGAAGCUGAACCUCCUUAACCUCCUAAGAAAGUAAAGACGCUGGUGUGCCUUCCUUGUGAUUGCAUCUAUGUGCUGGGUCCAGGACAGGUCAUCCGAUAUGUUAACGCCCAAGAAUUUAAAGCUGCUGACCCCCUCCACCGCUGAUCCCCCAAUGUAGACUGGCGCAUGUUCACCCUCCUUCCCCUUCCUGAAGACAACAAUCAGCUUUGAACAUCAAGAAGUAGAAAAAACAAUAUGUAGCUGAUUGGAAAGGUGUAGCUGCUGUGAAAGUAAAGUUGUCAGACAAAAUCAAUGCUCUGUGCUGACACCUCCAUUGUUUCAAACGCAACUCAUUUUGACCAGUCUGUGAUAUGGUGUUCCUGCCACUAGGUGGUAUUAAUGCCUUUGUAAACCCUUGCAAUAACAGUACUGUUCAGACACCAUAAAUCUGUUAACAAAGUACCUACAUAAUUUUUGAGGGAUUUCUAAAAUUUCACCAAAUAGCAUUCCUUUUAUGAUCACUGUGGCUGUUAUUGUGGAAAAGCAUGUAAGGAGUUUCCUAUUGAGAGUUCUGAGAUAUGAGAAAUAUUUUCCUAUCGUAUUAAUGUAAGGAAUGAAGGACAAAUUGGAUGAGGUGCAAAUAAUGAGCCCUUGUGACAAUGGGGAAUGAACCAUGGUGCAUUCAUCAUGUUGAGUAAUAUUUAUCAUCUAGCCAGAUAUAAUGUUUGGCAAAAAGGACUUGUGUUGCAUUGGAAUUUUUUAAAUUAAAUUUUUUUAAAUCUCUC